CAUCAACAGCCUUUUGAACCACAUUCCAGUUGGGAUUCGCUUCGGCGCAGCUUGCUAACUCGCAAUGAAAUAUUUUGGCGGAGUCGAAGGCGGAGCCACCCACUCCAGACUGGUCAUCUGCGAUGAGAGCGGUCAAUCCGUGGGCGCCACCAGCGGCCUGGGCACCAAUCACUGGGGCAUUGGCAUUCCGGAAUGCGCCCGCCGGAUCGCUGACAUGGUAGAGCGGGCGAAGGAGGAGGCGGGCAUUCCCAAAGAGACGCCCCUCACAAGUCUGGGAUUGAGCCUCAGCGGCUGCGAGCAGGAGGCCACCAAUCGCGAGCUGGAGCAGGAGCUGCGCACCACGUUUCCGGACCUGGCCCAGAGCUAUGCCGUGUCCAGCGACACCAUGGGCAGCAUGUACACCGCCUCGUCCAUCGGAGGAAUGGUUCUUAUUUCAGGAACCGGAUCCAAUUGCCUGCUGCGAAACCCUGACGGCUCCACGUCAAAUUGCGGCGGCUGGGGCAACUUCCUCGGUGACGAGGGAAGCGCCUGGUACAUCUCGUAUCGCGCAGUCAAGGUGGUGUUCGACCACAUGGACAACUUUGAGCAGUCAGCGGCUCCCGUGGAGAAGACUUGGAGUCUGAUCAAGGAGCACUUUAGUUUGGAGACGCGCCUGGAUAUGCUGCCCCACUGUUACGCCAAGUUCGACAAGCCCUUCUUCGCCAAUCUGUGCAAAAAGCUGUCGCAGAACGCGGAAAAUGGAGACGAACUGGCGCGGAGUUUGUUUCGCGAGGCCGGCGUCCAUCUGGCCAGAAUGAUUCUUGCCCUGCUGCCCAAUGUGCACCAGGAUCUGGUCAAGUCCGGGGACCUAAGCGUAGUGUGCGUAGGAUCCGUGUGGUCCAGCUGGAACCUGCUGCAGGAGGCCUUCAUCAGUGAACUCGCCAAGACAAGCAUCGACUUCGACCUCAAGCUGGUGCGCAUCACCAAGAGCAGUGCCUACGGAGCCUGCUACCUGGGUGCGGAUAGUGCGGACUUCGAUCUUCCGAGAAACUAUGCCGACAACGUUACAGUGCUGUACACGUACACCGAUCCUCGAAAGAAAGCCAAAGCCACCAACGGCUGUAACUGCUAGAUAAAUUGUGUUAGACAACCCAUUCCGCAAUACUCUUCUCAAUUGCCAAAUUCGCAAUCAAAUUCCAGUACGGAUAGGUAGUAUUAUAGCUUAUCAAGAAAUAAAUAAUUUUAUCCUUUGACGAAA